CAGGGAUUCAUAUAGGGUCCUAAGGUGGUGAGAUUGUCUUCCAGGAGAUAGGACAUCAUGUCUGACGCAGCGAUCAGCUUCUUGAAGGAUUUCUUGGCCGGUGGUGUGGCCGCUGCCAUUUCCAAGACAGCAGUUGCCCCCAUUGAGAGAGUCAAGCUGUUACUGCAGGUCCAACAUGCCAGCAAACAGAUCACGGCCGAUAUGCAGUACAAAGGCAUCAUUGACUGCGUAGUAAGAAUUCCCAAAGAGCAGGGAUUCCUGUCGUUCUGGAGAGGCAAUCUUGCCAACGUCAUCAGAUACUUCCCAACACAAGCCCUCAACUUUGCCUUCAAAGACAAGUACAAGAAGAUCUUCCUCGGAGGAGUGGACAAGAAUACCCAGUUCUGGCGUUACUUUGCCGGUAAUCUGGCCUCUGGCGGUGCUGCAGGUGCGACCUCUCUGUGCUUCGUCUACCCUCUUGACUUCGCCAGAACAAGACUUGCUGCUGAUAUCGGCAAAGGUGCAGCCGAGAGAGAGUUCACCGGUCUCGGAAACUGUGUUGCCAAGAUCUUCAAGUCUGAUGGUCUUAGGGGUCUCUACCUUGGCUUCAAUGUGUCAGUCCAGGGCAUUAUCAUCUACAGAGCUGCUUACUUCGGUAUCUAUGAUACAGCUAAAGGUAUGUUGCCGGAUCCCAAGCACACACACAUUGUUGUCAGUUGGAUGAUCGCCCAGACUGUCACAGCCGUUGCUGGUAUCAUUUCAUAUCCCUUCGACACUGUCAGGCGUCGUAUGAUGAUGCAGUCCGGACGCAAAGGAGCUGACAUUAUGUACAAGGGCACAAUCGACUGUUGGAAAAAGAUCGCCAAAGAUGAGGGUGGUAAAGCUUUCUUUAAGGGCGCCUUGUCCAAUGUGAUCAGAGGUGCGGGAGGCGCUUUUGUGCUGGUCCUGUAUGAUGAGAUCAAGAAGUACACAUAAACAUUCUCCAUCCAUCAUGUCCAUCCCCACCAAAGGAAACCCUGAGCGCUGUGUAUGUCUUAAUUGUGUAGAAUGUUUAACAACCAAGGGAAGUGUACUUAGCCAAGCUGGCCCAGGGGUGGAUGGUGAUCAUGUGAUCGUGGGUGGUCACUGCAUCCUCCACCCCAACACUUGUAAAUAUAUUGAAGUUUACCUGCUACUGCCCUUCAAUUUAAGUCGACUUUCGGUCUGGUUAGAUUGAAAGUCAUGGUUUAUUUUUUUCUCAUUUAUUUAUUUGAAUUUCAAUUGAUUUCCUCAUAAAUCUUGAGGGUCUACAUGUUCUACAGUGGCUCUUCUCUUCUAGUUAGCUGAAAACAUUUUGUCCCAGACUGAAGCAAGUGACCGUACACUGGAAAGCUGAAUGUUUUUGUGGUGUAUUCCACUUCAUGUGUUCUUUUAAUAACAAUAAAGCUGAAAAUACA